AUGGAUGAUGCUGCAGUGGCUGCGGCCGCUGAGCUCAUCGCCUCUUUGGCCGUCGACCCCAGGUCACCAUCGCCCGUGCCAUCUACCAUUAGCCACAAGACAAAACUCCCCGGUCGGGAAUCGCCUGUCAAGCGAACCCUCGAGGCCGAACUGCAUAAGCUCUCCAUAAGAAUCGCUCAGCUAGAGAGCAGAGCUGCCGCCGCCGCGGCAUUUCCCGAAACCCCCAACGAAGGACCCGAUUCCAUCUUUGGUGAAGAGAAUGGCUCAUCACCCGCCGGCAAGGCCAGGCAGCAGCGUGUCGCCCAGACCACAAAUCCCGACCUCGUGCCCCGCCAGGUCACAAAGGAGGCCCUCGAAGGCUUGAGGGAGCAUGUCGACGACCAGUCCAGGCUUCUUGACAGCCAGCGCGAGGAGCUGGCUGGCGUCAACGCCCAGCUCAUUGAGCAGAAGCAGCUGCAGGAGAGGGCUCUAGAGUUGCUCGAGCAGGAGCGCGUCGCGACCCUCGAGCGCGAACUAUGGAAGCAUCAAAAGGCCAACGAGGCUUUCCAGAAGGCCCUCCGUGAGAUUGGCGAGAUCGUCACCGCCGUCGCCCGCGGUGACCUGACCAUGAAGGUCCGCAUGAACACGGUCGAGAUGGACCCCGAGAUCACCACUUUCAAACGUACGAUCAACGCCAUGAUGGAUCAGCUGCAAAUCUUCGCCAGCGAGGUCUCGAGGGUCGCCCGUGAGGUCGGCACCGAAGGCCUCCUGGGCGGCCAGGCCCGCAUUGGCGGAGUCGACGGAACUUGGAAGGAGCUGACGGACAACGUCAACGUCAUGGCCCAAAAUCUUACCGACCAAGUGCGGGAGAUUGCCUCGGUCACGACGGCCGUCGCCCACGGUGAUCUUACGAAGAAGAUAGAACGGCCGGCACGCGGUGAGAUCCUACAGCUGCAACAGACCAUCAACACCAUGGUUGACCAACUACGAACGUUCGCCUCCGAAGUCACGCGCGUGGCCCGAGACGUCGGCACAGAAGGCAUAUUGGGCGGCCAGGCCGACGUCGGGGGCGUGCAGGGCAUGUGGAAUGACCUGACCGUCAACGUCAACGCCAUGGCCAACAACCUCACGACCCAGGUACGAGACAUCAUAAAGGUGACGACAGCCGUCGCCAAGGGAGACCUCACGCAAAAGGUGCAAGCCGAUUGCCGGGGCGAAAUAUUCGAGCUCAAGUCGACCAUAAACUCCAUGGUCGACCAGCUCCAGCAGUUUGCCCGGGAAGUCACCAAGAUAGCCCGAGAGGUCGGCACCGAAGGCCGCCUCGGCGGCCAGGCCACGGUCCAUGACGUCGAGGGCACGUGGAGAGACCUGACGGAGAACGUCAACGGUAUGGCCAUGAACCUCACCACGCAGGUGCGGGAGAUUGCCAAGGUCACCACGGCCGUAGCCAAGGGCGACCUCACCAAGAAGAUUGGUGUCGAAGUCAAGGGAGAGAUUCUUGAGCUCAAGAACACCAUCAACCAGAUGGUGGACCGCCUGGGAACAUUUGCCUUUGAAGUCAGCAAGGUGGCGCGAGAAGUCGGCACGGACGGUACCCUCGGCGGUCAGGCCCAAGUCGCCAACGUCGAGGGUAAAUGGAAAGAUCUAACCGAGAAUGUCAACACCAUGGCCUCCAACCUCACAGUACAGGUGCGGAGUAUCUCUGCAGUUACGCAAGCCAUUGCAAACGGAGACAUGAGCCAGACGAUUGACGUCCAAGCCAAUGGUGAGAUACAAGUGCUCAAGGAGACGAUAAACAACAUGGUUGGCCGCUUGUCGAGCUUCUGCUACGAAGUGCAACGAGUGGCCAAGGAUGUCGGCGUCGACGGCAAGAUGGGUGCCCAGGCAGAUAAGGCCGGACUGGACGGCCGGUGGAGAGAGAUCACCACCGACGUCAACACGAUGGCUGCAAACCUGACGACACAAGUGCGGGCCUUCUCCGACAUCACCAACCUGGCAACGGACGGGGACUUUACCAAGCUUGUCGACGUGGAAGCUUCCGGUGAGAUGGACGAGCUUAAGCGCAAAAUCAACCAGAUGAUUUCAAAUCUCCGAGACAGUAUACAGAGGAACACGCAGGCUAGGGAGGCGGCCGAGUUGGCCAAUAAGACCAAGUCAGAGUUCCUGGCCAACAUGUCGCACGAGAUCCGAACGCCUAUGAACGGAAUCAUUGGCAUGACACAGCUGACGCUCGACACCGACUUGACCCAGUAUCAACGAGAGAUGCUGAAUAUCGUCAAUAACCUUGCGAACAGCCUCUUGACGAUCAUAGAUGACAUCUUGGAUCUGUCCAAGAUUGAGGCCAGAAGAAUGGUCAUUGAAGAGAUCCCCUACACGCUGCGGGGAACAGUCUUCAGUGCACUCAAGACUCUGACGGUCAAAGCGAACGAGAAAUUCUUGGAUCUCACCUACAAGGUGGACAGUUCGGUUCCGGACCACGUCAUUGGUGACUCUUUCCGUCUGAGGCAGAUCAUCCUAAACCUAGUUGGCAACGCCAUCAAGUUCACCGAGCACGGCGAGGUCUCGCUCACCAUCCAGGAGAGGGCCGAGCAGGAGGCCGUGGGCGAGGGCGAGUACGCCGUCGAGUUUGUCGUCGAGGAUACGGGCAUCGGCAUCGCCAAGGAUAAGCUGGACCUCAUUUUCGACACAUUCCAGCAGGCCGACGGGUCGAUGACGCGCAAGUUUGGCGGCACGGGCCUGGGUCUGUCUAUCUCGAAGCGCCUCGUCAACCUGAUGGGUGGUGACCUGUGGGUCAACAGCGAGGCGGGCAAGGGCAGCGAGUUCCACUUCACGUGCCGGGUCAAGCUGGCGUCGGACGACACGUCGACGUUGGAGCGGCAGCUGAAGCCGUACCGCAACCACCAGGUGCUGUUCGUGGACAAGGCGCAGUCGAGCUCGCGGUCCGAGAUCAAGGGCAUGCUGCGGCAGAUUGGCCUGGUGCCGGUAGUAGUAGACUCGGAGAAGGGCCUGACGCUGGGCCACCUCAAGUCGGGCGGCGCCCUCCCCUACGACGCCAUCCUCGUCGACUCCAUCGACACGGCCAGGAGGCUGCGAGCCGUGGACGACUUCAAGUACCUGCCCAUCGUGCUCAUGGCGCCUGUGGUGCACGUCAGCCUCAAGUCAUGUCUGGACCUGGGUAUCACGUCGUACAUGACGACGCCUUGUAAGCUCAUCGACCUGGGUAAUGGGAUGAUACCAGCCCUAGAGAACAGGGCCACGCCGUCGCUGUCGGACAACACCAAAUCAUUUGAGAUUCUGCUCGCCGAGGACAACACGGUCAACCAGAAGUUUGCCGUCAAGAUACUCGAAAAGUAUCACCACGCCGUGACGGUUGUGGGUAACGGUUGGGAAGCUGUCGAGGCUGUCAAGGAGAAGAAGUUUGACGUUAUUCUCAUGGAUGUCCAGAUGCCCAUUAUGGGUGGAUUUGAAGCUACUGGCAAGAUUCGAGAAUACGAGCGUGGAAUAGGCACGCACCGCACGCCCAUCAUCGCCCUGACGGCGCACGCCAUGAUGGGCGACCGCGAAAAGUGCAUCCAGGCCCAGAUGGACGAGUACCUGUCGAAACCCCUGCAGCAGAACCAGCUGAUACAGACGAUACUGAAGUGCGCCACGCUGGGCGGGCCGUUGCUGGAGAAAAACCGCGAGCGCGAGCUGGCCGUGCAAGCCGACGCGAAAUCAUCGAGCCACAACCAAGCCGGCGGGCUAUUACGACCGACACGGGACAGCAGGAUAGCGGCGAGCAAGACCAAGGCCUCGGGCGGAGGUCUAUAA